UCUACUGUGGUCAUGGCUACCCCGAGUGUCCUCGCUUUUGACGCUGAGGGUCGAGCCAUUGACUUUGAGGUCUGGAUAGAUGACCUGCAGCUGUUCUUACAGUGCGAUAGGGCAGAUGGUCUCUCUCUCUUUGACCUCACCUUUGGCGCCUCUCCUGCCCCUGCUGCUGAUGCUGACGCCACUGUUUGCUCACAGUGGGCCACGCGCGACGCUGCUGCACGUCUUGCUGUGCGUCGCCACCUCCCUACCUCCGAGCGUGCGCACUUUAGUCAGAACAAGAGUGCUCAGACCUUGUACGACGCUGUAGUUGCGCGCUACUCCUCCCCUUCCACUGCUGCACUGAGCCGUCUCAUGCUACCGUACCUCUUCCCUGACCUUGCUGCCUUUCCCACAGUCGCUGACCUCAUUACGCACCUCCGCACUAGUGACACUCGCUACCGCGCUGCACUUCCCGCUGACUUCUGCGCCAAGAACCCCCCCCCCAUGUACAUCACUCUCUACUACAUAGUCACUCGCCUCCCUGACUCCCUUCGCGUAGUCAGGGACCACUUUCUCUCUGUCUGUCCCACCACUCUCACUGUUGACCUCCUCGAGAAUUCCCUCCUAGCGGCCGAGAAGAGCAUAGUCGCUGCAGGGGCCUCUCGUGGUGACCCGCGCACCCCCAUCUUUGAGGGUCGGUCGGUGCGGCGUCUGCCCCUACCGGGCGACGCCGCUCUGGCAAGGGCAAGGGGGGCAAGGGCACUGGAGGAGCGAGCAGGGGCGGUGGAGGUGGAGGUGGAGGCGGCGGGGGGAGUGGGGGUGGCGGUGGGAGUGGAGGUGGGGGUGGAGGUGUCGGUGGCGGCAGUGGAGGCGGAGGCGGCGGUGGCGGUGGCAGUGGGAGCGGGGGUAGCGGAGGUGGUGGCAGUGGACGAGGCGGCGGAGGCGGCGGUAGUAGCGGAGGCGGUGGAGGCGGUGGAGGCGGCGGGGGUGGCGGUGGAGCUGGUCGCGGGGUCUACGCCGAGGAGUGGCUCUGGUGGUGGUCAGCGCCAGCAGCAGCAGCACGGUCGUGAGACCCUGUCCCCUCAGCAGCUCCGUGAGUGGUACACUGCACGCCAGAGGGGUGGGGGUUUGGGUCCGUGCACCUACGUCCUGCGCACCGGCGACCGUGCGGGUGAGCAGUGUGGGGGGUGCGCACCCCACCCAGUGCUGCUUUGGCCGCCUGACGGACGCGUGGCGUGGCCAGUUCCCAGAGGCCAAAGAGAUCCCUCGCUGGGGCGAGCUUUCUAG